AAUGGAGGUUGGUCAUUACAUUAAAAAGCACAACACAUUUUGCAAUCUUAUGAAGUCUUUACCUUUUCGUGAAUAUGAACAUUAUAUUUUGAAGAAAAAACACAAGGUAUCAAAAUCCAGCCAAUUAGAUUUUUUUCCUGCUAUUGCGUGUUAUGCCUACCAGUGGGGCAUCACGCAGGCUACUGGUGCACCUUGCUGGUGCUGGUGUUGGUGCUGAUAACACUGCUAGUCAAGAGAGCAAGUUCGGGCCACACAGUCGGGGGGAGCAGGAGGUGCUGCAGGCUGCAGACGCAGGGAAUGGAGCGGUAGCGUCUGCCACGGCAGUGUGGCGCGGGACACCGACCAGGAAGGAAGCAACCAUUACAACAAACCGAUGCGAUAGACAAGUAUGGGAAAGUUCGACGCCGAGGAAUACCUGAGGCAGCUGCAGGAGGCAGGAACGGAGAAGAAAAGAGGAGGAGCACCCCAGACUACCAUUAGACACCGCUUCACCUUAUACUCAAGCGACCCAGUGAAGGACGAUCUUAUCUGGCGGGGUGUGGUGCGGGGCGAGACAGCAGCUGAUCGCAGGAGGGCUUCGGAUUACGGCACUCUCCACCGCUUCUACCAAGAGUCAUCGUGGCUUGCCAGCAGUGAGUCCAGUGCCUCCCUGACCUCUGGCAAUGGACACCAACAAGACGGUGACGCUGAUUCCUUUCUAAAGAAACUACAGCUUACUUAUGGUCAUGUCGCGCAAGGUCCGCCGCCACCCACUACUUCCAACGCGUGUAUCGGAUGGCGCUCUUCAUUCCCAGAGCUAAGACUGGAGCGGUACGGCAGCAGAGCCACAGCACAUAAAGCAUCCCAAGGCACAGCGCUCUCUCUCGCUCAGAAACACGAACAGCUCCAAGAAGACAAGCACACCACGGCACAUACCCCUCGCCCCGCAACGAUUCACACUUGUCCAAAACAUUCACAACACACGGUAAAAUAAAAGCAGAACAUUUUACGAGGGAAAAUAAUGAUAGAAGACUAUGCCAUAAGAUGAAAUGCAAUAAAGCUUUCAGUGA